CUGGACUGUGAAGACGAAGAAGAAGAAGAAGAAACGGACGAAAGAGUUUUUCACUGAAACAUGUUUAAAACCUUAAAUCUUCCUGUUUCCGGUUCUGAGUCAAAAUUUGAGGUUUGUGACGCUUCCAGUCAAAUUCACCUCGCUGAGAUCGAUUUAGUUCAGGAUCAGGAUCAGGAUCAGGACCAGGACCAGGACCAGGACCAGGACCAGGACCAGGAAGACUGAUGGCGUGGUGGUGGUCUCUGAUCCACUGUCUCCUCCUUGCUUCGUCCUCUGCUCACGAUGACUUCUUCACCUCCAUCGGUCAGAUGACCGACCUGCUCUUCACAGAGAAGGACCUGGUCACGUCCCUGAAGGACUACAUCCGGGCGGAGGAGAACAAACUGGAGCAAAUCAAAAAAUGGACUCACAAAGUAGACGUCCUCUCAGCUGCUGCCACUCAGGACCCUGAAGGCUUCCUGGGACAUCCGGUGAACGCCUUCAAGCUGAUGAAGAGACUCAACACGGAGUGGGCGGAGCUGGAGAGUGUGGUGCUGACGGACGUGUCUGAUGGUACACACAGACACACACAGACACACACACACACACACAGGACAGCAGCAGCCUCAGUGUGUGUCCUUCUGUGUGUUGCAGCCUUCAUCUCUAACCUCACCAUCCAGAGGCAACACUUCCCAAACGAUGGCGAUCAGACGGGAGCUGCCAAAGCUCUGAUGCGUCUCCAGGACACGUACCAGCUGGACACGGACACCAUGUCCACCGGGCAGCUGCCAGGCUCGUCCUCGUGGCACCAGAGUCGUCUGACAGUGGACGACUGCUACGACCUGGGGAAGGUGGCGUACUCGGAGGCGGACUACUACCACACAGAGCUGUGGAUGGUCCAGGCCCUGAAGCAGCUGGACCAGGGAGAGACGUCCAGCACAAUGGACGCCGUCACCAUCCUGGACUACCUGAGCUUCUCGGUGUACCAGCAGGGGGAGCUGGAGAGGGCGCUGGAGUUCACCAGGAGGCUGCUGCAGCUCGAUGCGACGCACCAGAGAGCCAACGGGAACCUGAAGUACUUCGAGUACCAGCUUUCCAAGCAGAAGAAGAUGGAGGCGGCCGAGGGGAGACAGACGAGGGAGACGAGGGUUCCACCUGACGACUACCUGCCGGAGAGGAAGAGCUACGAGCAGCUGUGUCGAGGCGAAGGCAUCAGGAUGACGCCACGCAGGCAGAGCCGCCUCUUCUGCCGCUACUACGACAACAACCGCCACCCGAGGUAUGUCAUUGGUCCGGUGAAGCAGGAAGACGAGUGGGACCACCCCCCCAUCGUACGCUACCACGACAUCGUGUCGGACGAGGAGAUGCAGAAGGUGAAGGAGCUGGCGAAGCCCAGGCUGCGUCGAGCCACCAUCUCCAACCCAGUGACCGGCGUUCUGGAGACGGCCCCCUACCGCAUCAGUAAGAGUGCCUGGCUCGGAGCCCAUGAGCACCCAGUGGUCGACCAGAUCAACCAGAGGAUCCAGGACAUCACUGGUCUGGACGUCUCCACGGCCGAGGACCUGCAGGUGGCCAACUAUGGUGUCGGAGGACAGUACGAGCCCCACUUCGACUUUGGACGGAAGGACGAGCCGGACGCCUUCGAGUCCCUGGGGACAGGAAACAGAAUCGCCACGUGGCUUCUUUACAUGAGCGACGUGCAGGCAGGGGGCGCCACAGUCUUCACCGAGGUCCGAGCUUCCAUCUGGCCCAAGAAGGGGACGGCGGUGUUCUGGUUCAAUCUGUUCCCCAGCGGUGACGGAGACCACCGGACCCGGCACGCCGCCUGCCCGGUGCUGGUUGGGAACAAGUGGGUGUCCAAUAAAUGGAUCCAUGAACGAGGACAGGAGUUCAGGAGACGCUGUGGCCUGCAGGAGACGGACUGACGACUCGUCCUCCUCCUCCUCCUCCCCCUCCUCCUCCUCCUCCUCCUCCUCCUCCUCCUCCUCCUCCUCCUCGUCCUCCUCCUCCUCCUCCUCGUCCUUCCCCUCCUCCUCCUCCCCCUCCUCCUCCCCCUCCUCCUCCUCCUCCCCCUCCUCCUCCUCCUCCUCCUCCUCCUCCUCCUCCUCCUCCUCCUCCUCUGGCUGCUGUGUCUGUGGCUGCACAUGUGAUCUGACUCAUGUAUUUUGAUCUCAGUGUGAGAGCCUGUGGACGUGUGGUCGGCUUUAAAAAGAUGAUUCAGUUUCCAGAUCUUACGUCAUCGAAACAUUAAAGAAUUGAUGAUUCAAAUAAUAAUUUCUGCAGCUGUGAUCAGACAGGAAACUGUUUUAAUGAAAGUCCAUUAAUUACCCUUUAAUAAUAAGAGACUUUUUAAGAGAAUAUUCGUGUCUUUGUUGUUUCCUUUGAUCUGUUAAGUUCUGGUUUCACGUUGUAAUUUAAUCUAAAGAUUUCUGUCUGUCAAUCGUACGUCCUGUCAUCAUCACCUACGUGGGCGGAGCCUACCUGUACUGAUUGGUGUUUACUCAGCAGUACUGCAGUACUACAGUACACCACAGUACUCUACAGUUCUACAGUACUCUGUAGUUUUCACUCUGCAAACACCCAGUAUAAUGAUAAACUCAUCUUUAUACUGAUCUUUAAAGUGUCCACAUGAAGCGGAUCAAGUCACAUGAUCUGCUCCAUGGUGACCAGGGGCUUUUAUUCUGAAGACACAAUAUAUAUGAACUAUAUAUGAACUUUAUAUGGUAAAUUCUAUCUUAUAAAUAUGUCUAGGAUCAAUAUGUUUGAGGAUCAUUAACAUGUUGUGCAGCUGCGUCCCCCCCCCUCCCCCCCCCCGACAGACAGGCCCCUCAAAUCUGUGUUAUUCUGAAAUCGAUUCAGCCCCGAGGUCAUUAACUCAACAAACACAGAUAAACACUGACAUGUAGACCACACACACACACACACACACACACACACACACACACACACACACACACACACACGCCCAUCACGCCACCUCCUGCUCCAGCGUCACGUGAUCGUCUCAGUUUCAUCUUCAUUUGAACUGUUGUCACAUGAAGCAGCACAAGUUCAGAUAUUUAUAAAAUGAAAGUUUUCCGCUUCAUUCAAACUUUUUCACUGAAAAUGAGAUUCAAGAGUUUGAACUGUUUAAACCUUUAACAGAAACUUUAGUUUUACAGUUUUAAGUUCAGAGGAUUGUGUUGUACUUUAUAUCGAUAUCUAAAGUACAACCCUCCUUUCUACUCACAUCCCACAAUGCAAUGCUCCAUAUCUUACGAUGAUCAGGUUCUAAAACUCAGUGAUGAGAAACUGAGUCUGUAAACGAGUGACACCAUCAAUAAAGAUGGACGACAUGACAGCUGGAUGGCCCCCUGGUGGCUGGGUGGCCCCCUGGUGGCUGGGUGGCCCCCUGGUGGCUGGAUGGCCCCCUGGUGGCUGGGUGGCCCCCUGGUGGCUGGGUGGCCCCCUGGUGGCUGGAUGGCCCCCUGGUGGUUGGGUGGCCCCCUGGUGGCUGGAUGGCCCCCUGGUGGCUGGGUGGCCCCCUGGUGGCUGGGUGGCCCCCUGGUGGCUGGGUGGCCCCCUGGUGGCUGGAUGCAGUGAAGCUCAUAGAGUUCAUGUCCCAGAUAUUUUGGCUUCAAUUCUAGAGGUGAAGUGUCGUCCAUCUUUAUUUACAGUCUGCGACACACACUCCGACUCUUCGUCCGUCCUCACACACAGUUUAUUCUAUGCAGAGAAAUGUGAAUGUGAAUUUGCACUUUAGUGUGUGUAUGUGUGUUAUUAGAAUGAUUGUUGUGUUGAAGAAACUGUAAUGAAUGUUGUUGUUUUCUGUUCAUAUCAGAAUAAAGACGUUUUGCUGCCACACAGA